UUUUCAUCGUUGAAUUGAAGUUAUUGCCUGAGAAAUCAUCGGUUUCCUGUACUUUUUGCAUAUUUUAAACAUGCCUUCGGAAAUUCAAUAUUCGGAGAAAUAUUACGACGAAGUGUACGAGUAUCGCCAUGUAAGCCUUCCGCCAGAAUUAGCCCGGAACGUACCGAAGUCGCACCUCAUGACCGAAACCGAGUGGCGAAACCUGGGUGUCCAGCAAUCGCCGGGUUGGGUAAUGUACAUGAUGCACAAUCCCGAGCCACACAUCUUACUAUUUCGACGGCCAAGGACGGAUGUCCCGAAAAAAGCAAGUAAUACAGCGAGUAGCUCGGGCACCGGAAAAGGCUCCUCAAAGCUAGCUGUAUAAAAUCUCACACAAGAACCUAUCAACUAACCCUUAAGAGCCCAAGAUGAUUUAUUUUUUAUCACGAAAUGUUUGAACAUUUCUUUCGAGAAAAAAAAAAUCAAGUGAUGUUAAUUUUUGUACGUUGAUUUAUUACAAAUGUCGAUAAAUAAAUGCUUUUU